UUUUAAUUGUCACACUGACAACUUUUGUAUUUUAAAAACUAGCCUACGAAUCAUCCCUUUAAUAUCGAUCAAACAAAUACUCUGAGCAGUUGCAUACGUGCUAGUGUUAUCUUAAUUGAAACCAUAUUAGAAUUCAGUUCUACCUAAAACACCUUUAAUUAUUAACAAUGGAAAAGCACCACAGAGUGUCUAUGGUAAGCACCCAGCAUUCCAGGAAACCCAUUUUAGUCGGCAAAAAGAAACCCAUAAAGGUGAUCAUCGUGUACAACGAACUAGGCGAAAACGUCACACCGAAACCGCUAAACCCCGACAUCUUCUUGAGCAGAGACAGGCAAAGCAGCGUACACGAAAUAGUCGAUUACGGCAUGUCGGAGAGCUCAACAACGCAACUAUCCAAAUCGUCCCAAUCUGCGGUACGUUUCAAGCAAGAGAUGGAGAAGCAGGGCAUCGGCCAUUCGACCGUCCAAUACAGAGGCAGCAUGCAGGCAUUAGUGUGCGAUGCUUACCUGGACGCUUUCCUACCCGAAGAAGAACGCUUCGACGACACCGAGGUACUUCCCGCCACCGUUGGCACCGUCAAACCCAUCUUCAAAGAACGAAAAAUCCCAACGUCGGUGAGUUUAAUCCUAAACGAAACCUCCACGUUCUUCCUACUGGACAUCACCAGUACCACAGAGAUAAAAGAAACCGACGAAGGAAUCCUAGUCGAACAGGACAACGAGCUGUACGAUUUCCUAACGAUCGGCAAGGGAAAACACCGGAAGGUCGUUCAAACCGAAGCCCAAACCAUGGCGAUGGUGCUCAAAACGAGAAACACCUCGUACGAGAAGGUCAAAACGCAGCCGGGCUCCGCCUUCGCCUCCGUCUACGACAUGUACGAUACGUUGCUAGAAACUAAGGAAGAACACGAAGAGGAGGACGUGGAGGAAGACGAAGAAGAAGUCGAGGAAGGUAACGUGAAACUGGAGGAAUCCGGAUCGGUAGAUAGCAUCAAGUUAUCCGCUGACGAAAAAUGCAUGUCGAAAUUAAUCAAAAAUCCGAAAUUUCUGGACGCUUGCAUCGUCAUGGAGAGAUUACUGGCCAAUAAUUGUUUCAACGAACAGCAAAAAGUCUUUAUGGGUCUAUCAGAACCGGAUCCGUUUAGAGAAAACAUCCAAUACAAAUACAGAUUGAAUUUGUUAUGGACCUUCGCCAAUAACGAUACCAUCGGUAAAUCGGUAAAUUGCUGCGAUUGGAACCCAGCCAACAAAGGUAUACUGGCCGUGGGAUACGGAAAGUUCUACUUCCACGACAACGUGACAGGACUGAUUCUCAUUUGGAACAUAAAGAACCCCGUGCAGCCCGAGCGGAAGUACAGCUUCCAGCAGCCGGUGACGACGUUGCAAUUCUCGAAAGGUACUCCGGCCCUACUGGCGGUCGGCUUCUACAACGGCUCCGUCAAGAUAUUGAACAUCUGCAGCAGGGAGACGAUGAUCAUCGGCGAGAACGUGCCGACGUUCGAGCCCUGCUGGGACAUCAGCUGGCAGUACGGCAGGAACGAGCGAAGGAACGAGGAAUUGGUGAUGGUGACAUUCGACGACGGCAAAAUCGGCGCGUAUUCCAUACAGAGAAAAUUACAGAUGAGCCAGUUGAUGAGGGUGGGUAAGGCGGACGGGAAGCUCAAAGGGUACGAGGCGAUGAAGAAAUGCACGAGCUUGUCGAUUCCCGUGUCCAGAUACGCGUCGGCGUUUUUCGUUUGCUUCCACCCGUUCGAUCCCAGUUUGUAUUUCGUGGGUACCAACGAAGGCACCAUACACAAGUGCUCCUUGAACUACCUCAGUCAGCACUUGGACGUGUUCCUGGCCCACGAGGGAUCCGUGCACGAAAUGAAAUUCUCGCCGUUUUUCAAGCAAAUUUUCGCCACGUGCGGCGACGAUUGGCACACGAGAAUUUGGGCUGAAGGAAUUCCAGAGCCGAUUUUGACUAUUGGUGGGAUGCAAAGUGUCGAAGGGUUGGAUUGGAGCCCGACGCAUUCGACGAUGGUGGUGGUAAUUCGAUCUUCAAAUAUAGAAAUUUGGGAUGUACAGAGAAAAGUUUACGAAGCCCAAUCUAUCACUGCCUCGCCUACGGGUAGCAGGAAUACUGUUGUUCAAUUUACAGAGUCCGGAAGAUGUUUAAUUGUUGGAGACACUGAUGGAAAUGUGCAUUUUUUCUCUUUGGAGGAUAUGCCUUUCGUGCCGUUUUUUCAAGAAAAUUUACUCAGCGACUCUUUGGCUAGAGUUUUAAUUACGAAUCCACAAGUAUUGGCUAGUUUAAAAAAACUUCGACGAGCCGCCAAGCAAAGUAAACUUACGUAAUACACGAGAGUAUUGUUGAUUUUUAAUAUAUCUCUUUAUAUUUUUAAAAUAUACGUUUACAUUAGUAUCUCUAAGAUUUUUAUAUUUUGAUUUAGCAGAUUGAUCCUUAAUUCCAAACCAGCAAUUUCUGCAUUUUGUGCAGUACUGUUUUUAUGUAAAGUUUUCAUAUUUAUCUACAAGUAGAAACAAUAAAUAAACUUCGUUGACUACAAAUGUUUGAAUCUUUGUAU